AUGAGAAGGACUGUAUACAUAAUGGUCCCCAUGAAUGGACUAUUCGGAUUUGUUGAGGGGAAUCAAGACUGCAGUUCAUGUUACCAGUUGGACAUUGGAGUGGCUAUUGGGAUCAUCACUUGUGACAUCAUCCUCACACUCCUCAUCGCUCUCUCAGUCUACUGUUUCGUUUCCCAUCACAAAAGAAAAGGCAGUUUACAUACACAUGCCAGAUGCUGUGCGUCAGGUAGAACAAAAACUCACCAGCCAUCAAUGAGGCCAAAGACGAUUGAAGUGGAAUCACCUUAUCAGGAACUUUAUGGAGUCCAACCAGAUAUAUACAGUGAUCUUCAGCAGUAUCGGAAAUGA